AUGGGAAAUGGCGCAUCAGGUGGAUCUGACUUGGCAACGAUGGCAUUUCCAACCCAGUUCAAUCGAUACUUUGAAUACGUAUAUGCUCAAGAGAUCUUGUUUGUUCUAUGCGUCACAGUGGUCAAACUGUCCAUUUUGGUAUUCUACCGGCACCUCUUCUCGGUCGGCUUGUUUGUCCACAUCAACUGGGGCCUCAUACUGAUUUGCAUCAUCUGGAGUAUCAUCACGAUUUUUGUGGUGAUAUUCCAGUGCAAUCCAAUAUACACUGCUUGGCGAUACGACAUGCAGCGCACCGGGAGAGCCGUAUGUAUUAGCCCAGCAAAGAUGGUCUUCUGCUUUGAGAUCACGAAUAUGGCAAUCGACAUCGCAAUACUGAUCCCAUCAAUUGUAACGGCCAACCGACUUCAGAUCAACGCAGCCAAACGAGCCGGAGUUAUGGGCAUAUUCUUGUUGGGUAUUUUUGUUUGCAUUACCUGCGCGAUCAGGGCGUAUUAUGUUUGGAACCCAGCCACCGGGGAACCUCGAUCCAUGGCCACGACAAUGGAUUGGUCAACAAUUGAGCUAGCCUCUGCAAUUAUCUGUGCAUGCCUUCCUACGUAUGGUCCCGUGUUCGUUCAGAGACGCAAUGUCUCGGUGCGACGGCACUGGCCCUCAGAGUCCCAAAUCUCGUCUCAAGGCGAACCCAGAGCUUCGUUCCGAAACAUUACAGGGCAAUUCUCAAACCGUGGUGAAUUUAGUGUGGGACACGAUGGUCAGUAUUUCCAUCUUGAGGCAAAGGGCCGUGACUCUAAACUGCCCAACGAUGGCCAAAAGGGGCUCUGA